AUGUCAGAGGAGGCUCCCAGGCGUUUGAGGAUAACAAUCCGGGUUCCAGCAGCCCUCGCAGAAUCCGAAGAUGCUGCAUCACCUGAAUCUCAAGCUCUUCAAUCCAUGCGCCAGACUCGAGCACGAUCCAGGGCUGCUACCUCCGAACCUCUUGUUGUUCCUGAAGAGCCUGAGCGUCCCCCCCCGUCGCCGUCGCAGCAGCACACGUGGCAACGUUUCUCGCGCCCCCAGCCUACCCAAAGGAGCCCACUUCGUGGCAUACUCCGGAACCAUGGCAGUAACCGCGGCACCAGGAGCCGUCGCGGUCGCCGUUCUGGGGUUCACUUCGAAGAUGAAGAGGAAGAUGAGGAGUCACAGCAGGAAAAUGAAGGUGAAUCAGAUGAUGAGAUUACCAACGAAAUCAGGCGAGUCAAUCAAGAGCUCGACAAUCACUCCGUCCAAGACAUCGAGGACGCUGUCAGAGGAAACACUGCGAUGAAUCCAAUUUAUGUUGACAACAUGGCCCGGAUGGCCACCAUGGGCCACGACGAUAGUGAUGACCCUGAUAUCAGUGAGUUCGAGGAUAGCGACCUCGAAGAACCCAAGGAUGCAUCUGAAGUACUAGGAGAAAAGAUUUCUGACCCAGACUGGAAAGACAUCGCUCCCGCCCUCCAGGUAGAGAUUGUGGAGAAUAUGUUCGAAUCUGGAAGGACUUGGAAUCAAACACGUGAAGCUCUCCAACUGGAUGAAGAGGAGGCAAACCUUACGUUGCGUUUUAUGAUGACCCGCAACUCCCAGAUUAACCGAGAGAAUGAAGCUCUGGCACAGAUGCGAGAGAAUCAGCUGCAAGCCCUGAUGAAUAUUGAUAACAGCGACAUCAGGAGCAGCGAUGUGCCGCACCAGCUAAUACUUCGCCGAACCAGAGAGACUCUCAGCGAACUCACAGAGCAUGGAAAUGGACCCUUUCCGGAUCUUUUGCUGUGCCAGGCUGCCGAUGUUCUAGCUGGCAGACAGUAUCUCCACCGCCGCAACCUUCCUCGAAGCCUUGCUGGAUUUUGGGAUAAUAGACUUGUGAACCUGCAAACGUCUGGUAACAGCAAUGAUAUCCAGCCAGAGCGGUUCGAAUGGAAUGGAAAUGUUGAAAUCGAAUCCGAGGUUACAAAUGGAGGGCAACAACUUCAGAGACUGCGAACAGGAAGAGCCCGACCUGGACGGCAGCCAGUACCCAUUGAAGGUAUGGGCAGUGUUAACCCUGGCAAUUUGGUCGCAAGUCCUGACACUGCUGCCAGACAAGCUCAAAUGGUUGACUGGCGCAGAUACUACAUCGACCCUACUCAUGCACCCCGUCCCAAUGACCCCACAGCUCCAAGACCUUCAGUUCGACUCGGUGGAUUAAUAUCCCUCCGUGUUGGCAGUGACCAUGCGGCGCGUAUCUAUGACUCUGAGGAACUUGAGAGAGUGACGGGUCGCCGAAUCCCGUUGCGGGACCUAGCCCCACGCCGAAGCCUGGUCAUCCGCGCCCCAGUGUAUACGCUUGCUGACGAUACGCCAACCCGGGCCACAUUCAGCUCUAGCCAAUUGAAUUAUUUGGACCAGCUAUGUACCACAGUUCCUCCUCGAUAUUGGCAGCAGAACUGUAUUGCACAAUGGAACCAGGCAUAUUUGCCUGACUUUCCGGAGCCGCCUCCUGCACCUGUCAAGCGGUCGCUGGGUGGUCGAUGGUCGCUGAGAUUAGCCCGACGUGACCCGGCCAUCGGACAACGCCGUUUCGAACGUCAGAUUGAAGAAGCAAGGGUUGAGGCUGAAGAAGCAAGAGCUGAGGCUAGAGCGAUACGACUUCGUGAGGAGAUCGACCUUGAGCUUCAGAAUGCGGCAGCAGCGAGUGAACUGGCUGCUGCCGCUGCAGCAACCGGGGACUCCCCUGCCUUUGCUUCGUUGAAUACCGACAUGUUCACUCAAGAAAUUUCAGACCUUCCUGAUAUGGACGAUAUCUUCUUCACGAAUCCACUCAGUGAUGAUCCUCUCCUGAGUGCGAUCAAUGGCAGGGUCAGUCCUUACAACGAGGAGCUUGACACAACAGGUCAGGGCUUUUUCACUCCCGAGUUUAUCGAUGCCUUGCUGCUCAUGCAUGAGAACCGUGGUUGUGCGCCAGAUCCGUGGGAGGCGAUUGAAGCUCUUGACGACGAAAACAACGCUAGGGGUGAGGAAGCUCGAGAUGCUGACGGGGAUACUGCGAUGAAUGAGAAUUUGAGUGAUUUGAGUGAUAUUGACGAAAGCUUCUUUGAUGCAAUGGAAAUGUGA